AUGGGCGAUGAGCAACCUCAGCCUCUACUGCCACAAACUACCGACAAACCUUCUAGAUUACGACAAGAAAUGUCGUGUAAACUGAAAAGGAACGUUCCGUUUUCCACCAUCACAAGAACACAGGCACCCAGAGAUAAGAAUAAAGACGUCCUGCCGGAGGAAAGCCUGGAGAAGUUGGUGCACUUUAACUCGUGCGCAAUCGUCAGUAGUAGCCACGCCCUGAGGGUUCACACGUACGGCCAGGAGAUAGACAGCCAUGAUGCGGUGCUAAGAUUUAACUGCGCUCCGACCGACAAGUUUGAGAAGUUCGUCGGCAACCGAACAGACUUUCGCAUGAUUAACACACUCAUCCCUUUGCGAAGGUGCCAAUCGGAAUUCCGGAGCGAGAACAGCACCGUGUUCAAGCACGGAAGAUUGGUCAUUAGAAACAUGGACGCCAUCAACUUGACCCCGCGAGGUUUAGACGUUAAAAGGGAUAUACAUCAUGCUUUUGAGAACUGGAUCAAGUACCGGAAGAUAUAUCCGAACUGGACUUUUCCUUUCAUACAGAGGCCUAAAUUUGGACAGGAUCUCCAGGCCGAAGUGAUGCGCGUCUGUGACACCACUAGACUAUGUAACAAGACCACGUGGAGUCCAAGCACAGGGAUAUUUGGUGUGGUGAUGAUGAUGUACCUCUGCGACUGGGUCCAUGUCUACGAAUUUGUCCCUUCCAACAGAGACAACACAACGCACGUCUACUACUAUGACGAGAACUUCGUACGGCCGGGAGGCGAUAGACACUCCUACAACCAAGAGCGAACUUACGUCAAAGCGUUGUCACUGACUCCAGAUACAGACAUAGAAGAUACCGGCGUUGUGCUGUUGGAGGGACUCUCUCGGAUUAUCUGCGACUGA